AUGGGAACAAAGAACCCGCAGGAUGGGGGCGCCUACUAUGAACUGGCUGCGGACGAUUCAUCCUCCAGUAGUAGCGCGGACGAUUAUGAAGAGGUAGACUGGGACGAGAUCGAUCCUGACGAUUCUGUCUCUGCUACUGCAAAGCAACCGCCCGACCACCGCACCAAGCACAGAGCCUCUCACCAAAAGAGUGUCCCGCAGCAGCACCAUCACCAGCACCGGCGGCAACAACCUCAGUCUGUGCCGAGUUCCGUCUACAUGGAAUCUGGUGCUGUGGGUCCACAAGUGUAUCCCUAUCCUUACAGUGGCUUCCCCGGGCCAGGUCCACAAGGCGUGGCCGGGUGGGCAUUCCCGCCCGCGCCUUAUUAUGGCAAUGCUGGCUACAUGCCUCCCAACCAGGACCGCUUCGCGGCGCCCUACUGGCAGCGCCGACCCUACGAGGAGGGAAAAGAGAUGAUGCCUUACCAGAUGUGGAAUCCAUUCGCCCCAGCACAGGGCGCUGGGCCACCACCUGCCGCACCUGUUGAGAGGAAAUCCCGCCGGUUUCUCAAACAGUCCCGCAAGGGGAAGGAAAAACCUCUGUCAGUUCAGGGCCCGUCGCGGACCAAGGACGUCCUGGCAAAGGCUCAGGGAAAUCGGGAGACGAUGCGGCCGUCCUGCGACUGCCUGCCGAUGUCGACGCGGUUUAUAACUCUGCCGACGCAAGAGACCUCAGCGUCCAUCUCGAGGGACCUCAAGUCUCUCUUACUUCUGGAUGGCGAUUCUGUGUUUGGAAGGCGAGGCUUCCCCGGCCGCAAAGAUCCAGAAAAGUCCGAGUCCAAGGAACCGCUUGAGAUGAAUUGGAUGCUAGUACGAGCAAUGGCUUUAUCACAUAGCCAGAAUGAGUUGGAGAAGCUGAGGGUUUUCAGCCUGGGCAUGCGUCUGACAUGCCUCGCACCUGAUCGAACUAUCUCGCGCAGCCUGAGAGAGAGAGGUCUGAGUGGCUGGGCCGAUUGGAAGAGCAUAUACAGGCAACUUCUUGCUGAGCAGAGGAUAUGGGAUUUCAGGGACGUCCUAAUUGAGGCCUGCGUAUCCUACGACACGGACCAAGCGCUGAGUGCUUUCUUGGACCAUGCCUCCCCCAUAGAAGGUAUGGUUGCAGACUGGCAGACAGGCACGCCGGAUGAGUCUACGGAGCUGGCAUUGCUGGACCUGCUCUCCUUCAUAGCUCUCAACAGCGGCCAAUCUCUGGACGAUGGCAGUCUAGCCGAAGAUUGUUUACGCCUAGCCGAGCCAAUCGGUAACUCACUGUUGGACAGGUUUCCCCAGGCAGUUCACAGCCGACCCUUCAUUCAAUGGUUGGUUUCCAAGGCUGUGGUGAAGAAUGCUCCCGAGCAGUUCGCGUAUCUUUCAGACUAUGCCGGACUGGCGAUCUGUCCCAAGUCUGCGGCGGGGCUGCCUUACUACAUCCCCAUUCGUCAAGAAAAUCCCGGCUGGGUGCCUCGAGACCUAACUCCGGCUGCCCGCGAUGUUCUGGAGGUGACACUCAAGACAUCUCGAGAUAUGCAGGACUACCAAACAGAAGCGCUAUGCCUGAAUCAGCUGGCACUCGGUACAAAAGACCCUCGUGCGUAUUUCCAGCAGCUGGGCCAGCUUCAGAAGAAGCAAAACAACAUGGCCGGCUUCUUGAGCACGUGCCUGACCAGAUAUCUGAUAUGCCGGGAUGAUGAGUCGAAAGAAGCAUUGCUAGAUGACCUCAAUAGCUUCGGGUCGUGGAAAGAGGCGUCUGAUCUCAUCGUGCCGACUGAGGCGGCCGCCCGGGAUGUUCUCCAGCAUGCGCUCUCAAGAGGCUCGGCAAGGAGUCCCAGCCCAAGCAUCAUGUCGGCUUCCAGGUACUCUUUACACUUACCAGAACCUUUCAAAUCCAUCUUUCGACACUUACCACGGCCCCGACUUGCUGAUACCGGUGAAGAACUUCGUCCACCAACAGAGACCUUGCGCGUGGAGCAGAGCUCUGAGAGUGAAGACGAGCCACAGGAGAGCCCCGAGAACAACACCACGUCCCGCAACGUCAAAAUUGGUGCCUCCAGAGUCGGGGACAAGGACCAGUCCAAAAGCAACCACCAGCCGGCCGCGCCGGGCUUCUACUCGGGCCCUUUGCCCUACUACGGCAUCCCGCCACACGUUGCGCAAUACAUGUACCCAGCGCCGCCGCCUCCCCCUACCGAGGCGCCCGGCCCGCCUAAGACUCCAGCGCCGAGAGAGGAGAACCCUCAAAUGGUGCAGAUGAAGAAGCAAUUGGAGCUCCUGCAGGCGGAACGCAAGCAACAGGAAGAGUCGAAAAAGCAAGCUGAUAUGGAGAAGAGAAUCAGGGAGGACGCCGAGCGCGCCUUCAAGAUCAGGAUGGAGGAGAUGCAGCGGGCGCAGGAAGAGGCCAAGAAGGAGAUCGAGCGUGCCAAAAUCGCAGCCGAGAGAGCCGCCCGGGAGCGCAUUGAGGAAGAGCGCAAGGCCGAGGCCGAGCGCCAGAGGCAGCACGCAGAGACGAUGGCAAAGGCCGAGCGGGAUGCUAAAGAAAAGUACGAAGCUGCUCUGAAGGCCAAGGAGGACCGCGGGAGGGAGCACGCAGAGAUAAUGGCCCAGGCCGAACGUCAAACCAGGGAGAGGAUCAAAGAGGAGAUGAAGGCCGAGGCCGAGCAAAAAGCGCGCGUGGAGAAGCAGAGGGCACUGAUGGAGGCCGAGCUGCGUAGGGAGCUCGCCGCGGAGGUGAAGGCCCAGGAGGAGGCCAGGGCAGCGGCCGAGGCCAGGGCGGCCGAGGAGAGGGCACGGAGGGAGGCUGAGGAUGCCGAGCUCAGGGCCGAAGCCGUGCGGGCGUACGAGGACAAGAUCGCUGCGAAGAGGGAGGAGCGGGAGCGCAUGGAAGCUGAGAGGAGGGCUGGGGAGGAAUUGAAGCGCGGGCGGACACGUUAA